AUGAGGUGCUAUCAUUUCAUCACGAAGAUUCUUCACCGCAACAAAAUCGACUCUGAGGUGACGACGACCGUCGAUGGCAAUAUGCCGCAAAGCCACCUCAAACGCGAUAUGCCGCAAAGCGACCUCAUACGCGUUAUGCCGCACAGCGACCUCAAACGCGACAUGCCGCACAGCGACCUCAAACAGGUAACGACGACCGUCGAUGGCAAUAUGCCGCAAAGCCACCUCAAACGCGAUAUGCCGCAAAGCGAUCUCAUACGUGAAAUGCCGCACGGCGACCUCAAACGCGACAUGCCACACAGCGACCUCAAACGUGACAUGCCGCACAGCGACCUCAAGCGUUUUCUGGACGAGAAAAAUCGCGAGAUCAAGCUCAAAGAGGAGACCGUCUGUGAUGAAAUAUUAAAUAAACUCCUGAAUCCAAUAAUGUGA